AUGGAGCUAAACUGGAAGUUAGCCCGAAUCACGAGGCCGAGUUCUGCAACAGUUCGGGUCACAGAUUUGGGUUGGCAAAGUCUGAAUCCCAGUCCAUUGAUUAAAGAUGAUGAAGAACUACUUGUGGAUGAAUAUCUUUCUCCCAAUAAGCUAAGAGCACUGACAGGACUAGAUGAUCUGCAGCAAGUGAGGGCCCUAGAGAUGCGUGUUGACACAAGAGAGAACACCCUGGGAAACUUUGGUACUUACCUUCCUAAUCUAAAGCAAUUGAAACUGAAUAACAGUGUGCUUACUUCUGUGAGGGACCUUGGAACAGCUCUCUCUCGUCUUCAGGUUUUGUGGAUGGUUCGCUGUGGACUUCCAGAUUUAGAUGGGAUCUCAUCCUGCUGCUCUUUGAGGGAACUCUACAUAGCCUACAACAAUAUCUCUGACAUAGCUCAAGUUAGCCAGUUGGAACAUCUUGAGAUUCUAGACCUAGAAGGGAACAACAUUGAAGACCUCAGUCAGAUUCAGUAUUUGGGGCUCUGCACUAAACUAUCUACUCUUACAGUGGAAGGAAACCUUAUUUGCUUGAAGCCAAGCCCGCAGUCAUCAGAGUCCCCAGACUACAACUACAGAGCUGAAGUGAAGAAACUCAUUCCUCAUUUAAAAUAUUUGGAUGAAAUACCAGCAGACCAAACUGUUCUUACUUUCCCAUGCAAGAUGAACAAAGACUGGCUCAUUGUCAAAGAAUCCAUCAAAGAAGGAAAUUUAGUUGAAGAGGCUUCAGAUUCUGAUUCAGGAUGUGUGACAAGAAGGUUCUGCUCUACUGUGAGACUCUGCACUAAUUUCUUCUUAGUCUCUAGACCUCAGACGGCACAGAAACCUCCCAGCGCUCAUUUGAUUUCUGGUUGUAGCGUACUCCUGGAGCCUACUGUUUGUGAUGAGAUACUGCCUGAAGAUAAUGCCAGUGACUUGACCCAUGGUGUCAGUAGAGUUAUAUGUGGGAACCCUAUCAAGGCUCUUCAUGCAAGGAGACAAAAACUAAGUUCUGCAGUAAUGACCUUGUUCCAGCCACCAUGUCAUCCAUUAGAAGAUUCCUCUGACUCUGAAGACACUGUUUAUACAAAUGGGGAGGAUAUCUUUGCUGAACUUAAGGUCUUGAAAGAACAACAUUACCGGCACCUUCAAGCCCUCCAAAGGGCAAAUUCCCCUCAGGUACUAACAAGAAGAUAUAGUUACAAGGCAGAAAGCCAUAGCCUGAGCGACAACAGUGAUGAAGAUAUGCAAGAAGCCCCUCAGGAGGACAUCCUGAAAACCACAUCAUUAGAUUCCUCCUGUCAGUUCCAUCAUCCUCAGUCAUCUUCAGAUUCCUCACUCAUCCAAGAAAAUGUUCUGCCUACAGCUGUAAAACACUGUCUCAUGCCCUCCCCACCAAAAUCUCCCUCGCCUGCAUCUGUGCAGGGUAUGGCAGCUGGAGUUGCCAGAACCAGACGGCUGAAAGUAGCCAAUUCAAAAAAAGCCGUUCAGCUGAAGCCACAGUCUCCAUUACCUGUGACCAGGGACGCCAUGCAACACAUGGUUGAGAAGACUGCUGCUCUGAGUCUCCACAGAAGAUCAGAUCCCCUGUCUAACGCGUCGUCCUUGAGACAGAGGCACAGGACUUGUAGCACUGACAGCAAGCAGUCCCGGAGACCCAUUUCAGGGCCAGCAGCAUUUGGACCAACAAACAACAGAGCCAUCAUGGACAGAACCCUCCCCAAGAUGAUCAACACCCAUCAACCUGUUGUUCGUCCGUGCACAAAAACACCAGAAAGAUUUGCAGUGUUGAAUGUGGUCCGCCCUCUGACCGCCAGGGCUGCCCUGCAGAGCUUGCCAAACAGGCCGGAUAUCUCAAUGACAGCUCAAAGCAAGACUCCCAGACUGUAG